AUGCUUCAUCAGCCUGCAGCUAUAGGAAUGGGUCACCUGAUACAAGUCCACAAUACCUCCUCUGACAAGAUGUCCCACCAUCACCAUGAACCAUGGGACACCAACACCUCUACAGUCACUACAUCUGACUACUUGGAUCAGUCCGUCAGCCCUUGGGACAUCAUCCUCUGUGUGACAGGGACAGUCAUGGCUUGUGAGAAUGCCAUUGUAAUUGCUAUACUUUUCUAUACGCCCAGCCUACGUGCACCUAUGUUCAUACUCAUUGGUAGUCUGGCCCUGGCAGACCUACUGGCUGGUAUGGGGCUUAUUGUGAAUUUUGUAGUUAUCUAUAUGUUUAACAAUGAAGUGGCCACCUUGAGUUCUGCUGGACUACUGUUAGCCUCCUUCUCAGCCUCUGUCUGUAGCCUUCUGGCCAUCACAGUGGACAGGUACCUAUCACUUUACAACGCCCUUACCUACCACACAGAAAGAACUCUGACUUUCACAUAUUUGAUGAUAAUUUUGGUCUGGGCACUAUGUAUCUGUAUUGGCUUGUUACCCAUCAUGGGAUGGAACUGCGUCAGGGAACAGUCUUCUUGCAGCGUGCUGAGGCCAGUCACCAAAAACAAUGCAUCUGUGUUAGCAGCGGCCUUCCUCCUGCUCUUUGCCUUGAUGAUGCAACUAUACUUGCAGAUCUGCCGGAUUGCUUUCCGCCAUGCGCAGCAGAUUGCUGUCCAACACCAGUUCAUGGCCACUUCCCAAGCUUCCAGCACCAGGAAGGGGGUGUCCACCUUGUCUCUUAUUUUGGGGACCUUUGCACUUUGCUGGAUUCCCUUUGCUGUGUAUUCGUUGGUUGCGGACUCUAGCUAUCCUAUGGUAUAUACGUACUCAAUGGUGUUGCCAGCAGCCUUUAACUCGGUUAUUAACCCCAUCAUUUAUGCGUUCAGGAACCCAGAUAUCCAGAAGUCCCUAUGGCUUGCAUGCUGUGGUUGCAUCCCACACAGAUUCUUAUCUGGCCAGAGAACUUCCAGUGAUGUAUAGGAAUUCUAAAACAUAAUCCUUAAGGAUUCUUACUGGAAAAUGACUUGCCAAGCUGGAGUGAAAAAUGAUGUCAAAGUACUGUUUUAUUUUUUAAUUGAUAAACAGUUUAUUGCUUUACAUUGUGAAGAGAACAUGUGAAGAAGCACUUACAGUUUGCUAUGUUUUCUUGAUAAUUAACCAGCUGUUGGUCUGGGCAUGCAAUAAACUUGCAGUCGGUAGGGUUGUUACAUCAGUUGUUUAAAACUGAACACUUCUGAAUGCUACAUGCUGCAGAUCACGUUUUGACAAAUGGUGCCUGGCAGUUUGUCGAAUUACAGACACUAAAUUAAUCUGAUUAUCAGCACUAUAUGUAUUCUACACUCAGAAUACAGGCCUGCAGCAAGAAAAACACACCAUAGCUGUCUAAUUUUAACUGGCCGGUCUGGCAACCCUCAUUGCUA